AUGACACACAGGCGUCAAAUUGCGGUGGCAACAAAUCGAUCCUAUUGUGUCGCGGUCGAUGAUGUUGUGGUCCUGUGCCCCUUACAGAUCCUGGAGUCCAACGCCACACCAGUCAACCUUGACAAUCGUGAUGCGCUGAUUCGCGCAGCAAGCACGUCGCUCAGCAGCAAGGUUGUGUCACAGUAUUCAGCUCUGCUGUCGCCCAUGGCCGUGGACUGUGUGCUGAAGAUAACAGACCCAGACAGGCCACAAUUCAUCGAUCUGAACGACAUCAAAUUGUUUGCCAAGCUUGGGGGCACUCUUGAAGACACCAAGACGAUCGAUGGGAUGGUGUUUGACCAGAAGGCCUCAAGGUCAGCAAGUGGCCCUGCACGUGUGCAGAAUGCCAAAAUCGCACUUAUACAAUUCUGCAUCUCACCCCCAAAGACAGAUUUAGAGAGUAAUGUCAUAAUCAGCGACUACCAGCAGAUGGAUAGGAUCCUCAAAGAGGAAAGAAACUACAUUCUCCAGAUGGUGAAGAAGAUCAAGGCUGCUGGUGUGAAUGUUCUGCUCAUUCAGAAGUCGAUCCUUCGAGAUGCCACAACAGAUCUGUCACUGCACUACUUGGCCAAGGCGAAGAUCAUGGUUGUGAAGGACAUUGAGCGUUCAGAUAUUGAAUUCAUCAGCAAGACCCUGGGUUGCCUGCCCAUUUCCCAUAUUGACCACAUAAGACCAGAGAAAUUGGGGGCUGCAGAACUUGUGGAAGAAUUGGAGGUUGGAAAGGAAAGGGUUGUUCAAGUGACAGGCAUAGAAAAUAUGGGACGUACAGCCACAGUCCUUCUGCGCGCAUCAAACAAGCUUAUGCUCGAGGAAGCUGAGAGAUCCAUGCACGAUGCAUUGUGCGUCGUCCGGUGCCUUGUGCAAAAGGGAUUCCUGAUUCCAGGUGGUGCAGCGCCAGAAGUGGAGGUGACCCACCAGCUGACCGCGUGGUCCAAGACUCUUGAGGGGAUGGAGCAGUACUGUGUCAAGGGUUUUGCAGAAGCCCUGGACAUCAUCCCAUACACACUGGCAGAGAACGCUGGCCUCAACCCCAUGGAAAUAAUGUCAGAGCUUCGAACCUUGCAUGCCCAGGGGAAGGAUCAGCAUGGUAUUAAUGUAAAGAAGGGUUCCAUCUCCAAUAUGUGGGAGGAAAAUGUUGUGCAACCCUUGCUAGUGAGCACCAGCGCGAUCACCCUGGCCUGUGAAUGUGUUAGGAUGAUCCUCAAGAUCGAUGACAUUGUGAUUGCCCGAUGA